UUCUGGACACGUGGUCCUACAGCUGUCGCCCUCCUUUCUGACAAGAUGGUGGUCUGGAAAUUCAUCCUUGUUUUGAACGCUGUCUUUAUGCCAGGAAAGGUGUCUGCUCAAAGUAUUUCAGAAAUUAUAGAUAACUAUGAGUACCUAGACUACAUGAAAGUUAUUAUGGGAGGGAAGUUCCUGAAAGGCAUAAACGACCCAGAGUCAGAUAGCGGAGAAUAUCCCAUGCAGGAAGCAGACGUAAAACCGUACUACAUAGACACACACCCCGUCACCAACGCUCAGUUCUGGAAGUUUAAGGAGGCCAAACCGCGAUAUGUGACGACGGCAGAACACCACGGGUGGAGCUGGGUCCUCAAGCCCUUCCUGUCCCCCUCCGUCCUCGACCAGGGCCAGGGGGUCCCACAGGGAACCUGGUGGGUCUCCGUGAGGGGUGCGACGUGGAACAAGCCUGAGGGGCUGGGUUCCUCCAUCAGAGACCGUCUGGAUCACCCCGUGGUUCACGUCAGUAUGGAGGACGCUAAGGCCUACUGCACGUGGGUGGGGAAGAGGCUGCCCACGGAGAACGAGUGGGAAUUCGCAGCGCGUGGGGGGCUUCACGCCAAGAUUUACCCGUGGGGAGAUCGGUAUCAGAGGAAUCGGACCAACCUGUGGCAGGGAAAGUUUCCUAGCGGGAACACUAAGGCAGAUCACUGGGAUGGGACCUCUCCUGUCGAUUUCUAUCAGGCACAGAACACUUACGGGGUGUACGACAUGCUAGGGAAUGUUUGGGAGUGGACAGCCACACGGUACUAUGACAGAGUAGUGGACAGGAAACUCCAGGAGUUAAUGUAUGUGGUCAAGGGGGGAUCCUUCAUAGAUAGCCGGGACGGCCAUUGUAAUCACAUUGUAAGGACAGCUCAAAGAAUGGGAUUACAGCCGGAUUACACAGCUCAGAAUCUUGGCUUCCGAUGUGUCCGCAGUGCCAAGGCCUACUGGGAUCUCCACGGUCACAAGAACUUACGGAGACCAUACAUAGGGGACAACAAACCCGACCCCAGAAGGAGGCGUCCACCCAGGCACCACCGGAAAGACGAACUGUAGGGCCCUCCACACGGGGAAAUGUUAACUAGAGAGAGGGCUCGUCAAGACCUACAGUGUAAGAAUCUAGUCACAAAAA